UUUACAGCAGGUACUUCUAGUCAGGCCAAGUUCAGUCACUGCUUUUGAUUUGGUCGAAAGCAUUAUGGCCAGCAGCUGUGGAGAAAACUAUCAGAGACUGCUCUAGACUCAAAGAACCCUCUGCAUUCUGCAUUUAAGCAUCUUCUACCUCUCUAGGUUGGAUUACUUUCAAAGGAGAGAGAAUGGCAUUUUAUCCUCUGCAAAUUGCUGGACUGGCUCUUGGGUUCCUUGGCAUGGUCGGGACUCUUGCAACAACUCUUUUGCCUCAGUGGAGAGUCUCAGCUUUUAUAGGCAGCAACAUCAUCAUCUUCGAGAGGCUCUGGGAAGGGCUCUGGAUGAACUGUGUCCGGCAAGCCAGGAUCAGGCUGCAGUGCAAGUUCUACACCUCAAUGCUGGCUCUCCCACCUGCUGUGGAAACGGCACGAGCUCUCAUGUGUGUGGCUGUUGUUCUCUCCUUUAUUGCUCUAAUUAUUGGCAUCUGUGGCAUGAAGCAGGUCCAGUGUACAGGUUCUGAUGAAAGGGUAAAAGCAUACCUUCUGGGAGCUUCCGGAGUCCUCUUUAUCCUGACGGGCAUCUUUGUUCUGAUUCCAGUGUGCUGGACAGCCAAUAUCAUCAUCAGGGAAUUCUACAGUCCAAAUGUCCCCAUCGGUCAGAAACGAGAGCUGGGCGCAGCCCUCUUCCUGGGCUGGGCGAGCAGUGCGGUCCUCUUCAUAGGAGGGGGGCUGCUCUGUGGAUUCUGGUGUUGCAACAGAAAGAAGCAAUGGCACAGAUAUCCAGCCCCUGCAUACUGUGUGCCACACAAAGACACACGAAAGAAUGUAACAGCACUCAGAAAGACUUCCACCAGCUAUGUUUAAUGCGUGCUUUCAGCACCAACUGUGGAUUGUGGUCAAUGCAUUUUUUAAAGACCUGCCAGAAACUGUAAGUACUUCAGGCAGGAGAAUUUUGCUUCACAGUUACAUUUAAAAAGUGAUGGAAAUUGUAAUUUGUCACCUGAGUUGGGGAAAUGUAAAUGAACUACUUGUCUAUUCUGUACUUACAUAUAAAUUUCCUAUUUAUUGGACUCAAGUCCCAUUUCAGUUCAUGUGGUCUAAAAUCAAGUAUGUCCUUAAUCAUUAAAAAGUUUAUAAUGAUGGGCUAUUGGGUUUUCACCAUCAUAUAUUUUCUGGUAAGACACCUAAAAUUACAAUUGAUAAUCCAUAACAAUAAAAUAUAACUCUUUUGUUCCAAUUUAUUUCUGACAUACUUAAUAAUAGCUAAAUGAUGAAAAUCAUGAACCAAUCAUCCUGGAAAACUUCAUGUAUCAAAUAAUGAUUUUUUGGUUAAGUUUAUACAAAUUGAGAAAUUCCUGCUCAAUGAAACGAUGGUUUCUUUUUUUCUUUUUCUCUUUUUAUUCCUUUGGGAGAUACACUAAAACUUAAAAGAUAAAGAAGCUCUGAUUUCUCUAAUAUCAUGUAUGAAAUUGGUUUCUAAGGCCUCAUUUCAACAGUUAAACUUGCUUAGAAUUACAUGUUCAAAAGAAAAUAAUUUAAAAUGCAAAGGAGAAAUGCUUUCAUAGCUCAUGAUUUCUAUUUCUAAGCAAGCAAAAGCAUCUAUCUUGAUAGGGCAUGUCAGUACAAAGCUGUUCAUAAAGUCUUAUCCAAAAAGAUACACAUCAUGAUUAGAGAAUUUAGGUUUGGUUGUUGAAGGGAAUAGUUUCUGUUCCUUGUUUUAUUCGUUAGUCACUCUACAGGCCUAAACAAGCUAUUCAAGAGGUAGGAUCAAGGUGAUGCUUCAGGCAAUUAGGUAUCCUUAAAUAAAUAUACCCUGUUUGUUCUCUAAUAAACACAUGGCUCUGGUGAAGAUAUUUUAUGUUUCUUUAAUUCUAUGCAUUAUUUUCUCCAUUGUUCGUUUCCCAUGUGUGUUACACCAAUGUGCAGCUUCAAAGUGACGUGAGGACAGUUGUGUGGGAACCAGUGGGAGAACUUUGUGAGGCGUGAUUUCUCCUGUGGGCUGCUUCUGCAAAACUCCAGCAUUUUGUGUAUCAAUGCUUAUUCAGUUUUAUCUUCACAUGUUGUUUUUAUCUUAUGAUAUAAGUAAUUUAUGGUGUAUGGUAGUGAAAAACUGUACAUCAAAUAUUUACUGUAUGUUCAUCCUUAUAGUAAAGCAAAAAUUACAUAUUACAAUUACUGUUGACACAUCAAUUAGAAUAAAUUUCAACUUGUUAAUCAAAUUUCACUUGUUAACUCUAACUUUAAAUUAGCAAUAAUUCAUACUGAUAUUGUGAUCUCAAAACUUAAUCCAUUCUACAAACCACCAGCAAUGUCACAGAUAUUUAAAAUCUUUAGUAAUAUAACUGUAUUGAAAUCAUUAGUAAUAUCUUCAUAAAGAUAACUCUAAGUAUAUUCACAUAAUUGCAAUAAAGAUUUAAAAACAAUGAUUUAGAUGUAGUUCUCCUAAUAUUUAUUU